UCGUCCGGUGUAGAUACGCGCACGGUACGCGCCGCACGACGAACUCGUGUUCUCGCGAAACGCACCGCCCCCUCUUCCGGCAAUGUCAUUUCCGCCAGCACGUGGCGGCAAAGGAUAACCCCAUCAGAAAAAAACCGGUUGUCUAGAAAGUUUUAGACAACCAUUUGUGAAGUGUACACAGACUUGUUGGUGUGAUUGUGAGUGAACUUGAAGUGGACAAUAUAUAUAGAGAAAUCAUGGAUGAAAUAAAUUUCGCCGCGCAAUGCCUGCUGGAGAUGUCACACAGCAAGGACCACUUCAAUCGGCCGCUGGACCUCUCCAGCAGGUCGUACUACACGCACCAGACCACACCGUUGGUUGUUAUGCAGUCCUUGCCCUCGCCCACACCCGCCCCCGAAGUCUACAUCAAAGAGGAGCCUGACCACGAGGUUCAGAUUGAGAUCGAACCCGAAACGGUCACGGUUAACUCCACAUCGGCCACUGAGUCUUCUUCGUACAUGGUGGCGCGGAUCCUUACUGAUCUGACGAGGAUCAAGCAGGAACCCGUUCCCGAGGUACCGUCGGACACGGCUGAUAUGCCUACGGUUUCAAAUGUAUCAAUGGUCAUAGUGACCCAGUCAGAAAUCUCCGCGGACGAGGCGUGCGAAGCAAAUUUGAGUUUAACCCAUGCGCCCGAACAGCAGGACGACAUGGACGAGGGGUAUAACAGUCUGAUGGAUACGAGUGCCAGCACACCGAAUGCCAAUGUCACAAGUACACCCACAUCGUCACACACAGGCAGCAGCAGUGAGGAUCAUCAUAAUGAGCGGGUCGGAAAAUCAAGUUCGGGGAAGAGUCAUGCAAAGGCAAAGAGAGGCUCUGCGACUGGCAAAGGGAAGGAUGUGGGUGGGCAAACAAGUACGGCAAAGAAAACUGGUCAGAGGUCGCAGCCGCCGAGCAGGAUCGCUUCGCAAUUACGCAAAACGCACAAGUGCUCCUACGAUGGCUGUCACAAAGUGUAUGGAAAAUCGUCACAUCUCAAGGCUCAUCUACGAACACACACAGGCGAGCGACCGUUUCCGUGCAGCUGGGAGGGAUGUGGCAAACGAUUCGCGCGCUCCGACGAACUGGCACGACACACACGCACGCACACCGGCGAGAAGAACUUCGCGUGCCCGGUGUGCAACAAGAAGUUCAUGCGCAGCGACCAUCUGAGCAAGCACGCGAGACGCCAUCCGAACUUCGACCCGUCUGUGCUGCGACAACGACGCGCUCCCAACCGGGCCUUCUCGAUCAACUCCAGCGACGGCACGCCGUCGGACGUCCUCUCCGACUCGAUGCCGAGCCCGUAAUGGCCACCCCCAGUCGCCGCCAGCGUAGCGACGCGCGUUUUAUCUGUCUAAUCGACUUAGCAUUUAACGCGUUCGCGCCCUACGCUCGCGCGACGCCUUGUUUUCGUUGUUGAUUGUUAAUUUGCACCGGUACGUUGGGCGUUGGUGCGUUUUACUAUUUGUUAAUUGGGGGAUUCACACGAAUUUAUUAAUGUGUUAAUUUCGCGGCAAACUUUGUUGAAAACAUAAUAUUUGUUAUAUGUUUGUUUGGGACUACGGCUACAAUUAAAUUACACUAAUAUUUUAUUGUUGUAUAUAAUCAUAGAUGUUAAGUAAGUUUUCUAUGAGUUUGGUGGACAUAGAAAAAAACGAACGAAUGAAAUAUGAUGCCAAAACACAGCGAGGUGUAAAUAGGAAAAAUACAUGUUACUAAAACCAGUUGCCGAACAUUCCGAAUCAGUAAGAGGAACAAUGGUUUGAAAAUUUACAUUGUUGGAGUGCAGAAUCAAUUAAAUGAUAACUGCUCUCACAAUUCAUCGAGUUUGAGUCGGUAAAAUAUUAAUUGAAGCAUAAAGCAUACACUGAAGUUUUAACACAUUUACUACGCUGCUUAGUUUUUGUUUGAUGCUUGCUUGAGUUAAGAAAACUUAAUUAACAUUAAUUGUAAUUAAUUAGCGUGUUUGCGCUCUUGGCCAGGCUGAUGUUGGUAAUUUCCUUCUGGCUUAAUUACAACUUACAUCACAUGAAAUGCGUAAGAUUAAAAAAAUGAGACUAAAACGUAACUAAAAAUGAACUUUUUUGGAGCACAACGCAAGAAUUAGACCACAAAAACAUUAAUUAUUAUUAUCAGAGUGAAGUGUUAAACAAACUAACGCUGAAAUGUGUGGAGAGUUAAAGUUUUAAGUUCGAAACAGCGUUAAAAGUUUGAAAACUUCACAGAACUUUAAAAUUUUAUUCAAGUUAUCUAGUUUUACUAUUGUUUUUUUUCAAGCGACAUUAAAACAGGAAUUACGAACUGCGGAAGAAAAAAAUAAAUAUGAAAAGCUAAAUUAGAACCAAAAUAAAAUAUAUUUUAAAAGGACAGUUAAGGUUUUUUAAGUUCUUAGUGACGCAAUGAAAUAGAGGCAAUUUCAGUGCGACCAUUAUAGUCGUGAACAUAUUAACGAGCUGAACGUAAUUAAAACGCUAAUGACUCUCGAUGGCGCAGGCGACAUUGUGUCGCGCGUUAACUACAAAGAAACUACCAAGAAAAGCUAUUUAACUAAUCGCCGGCCACUUGAAACGCACGAAUAAUGAAAAUUCCUCUCUCACAACAAGGACUAAAAUAUUACUUCAGAAACUCAAAUCUUACACAGCAAAAACACAAAUUUUAUUCAGAAAGUUAAAAAUAGAACUAUUAUACGAAACAAUAGAAAUUCGUAAGUAACUAACUAUAAUUGAUUCAAAUGAUACAAUAGAUAAUAUUUAAAGAUAAAACUUACUUCAUAAGAGAUUGACAAUAUAUCGAUGGCAACCAAGCAACCAAAAUCCUUUCGAAUUACGACUAACUUAAAACGAGUGAACGAUCGCUUUGUUAGUCAAUUAGCUGAAGAAUGAACAGAAUAGUUUUCAAAUGGAAAGAUACGAAAUGAUUAGAUGAUCCUAGUUGAAACAAUUAUGUAUUUUCUUAACCUUCGAGUAAUCUCCAAACGCUUUUUAAACGAUUUAAUCAACGACCAGUAAAAUUUAACACAAAUUUACGUACUAAGCUUAUCCAAAUGCAAAUAUUUAUUUACUGAAACAUAUCAAAUGCCAACAUACACAUAUUUUCGUUCAUUUUGUAUCCAAAUCUCGAUGAAUGUUAUUUCGAUUAAUUUAAAUAUUGAUACAUUUGAUACGCUUUUUCCUAAACACCUUUUACAUUAGAUGCAACUGCACAAUCUUGACCAAUUCGUAGUUGAAACAAAAAUUUGUGGAAAAAAUGCACUCGGAAGGAAUUAGAAUAUUUUUAUAACUCUAAUAAACGAACGCUUACUGUACCUAAUCCCUUUACAAAUAUUAUGAAUAUAUAUACGCAUGCGUAUGUUUGAAAUGUUUGUGACAUUAUAUUAUAAUCUAUACUGAUAUCAAACUUGGAUGUUUCAACAAUUGAAUGUAACAAUGUAUUAAAUAUUUUAAAGAAAUUUAAUGAAUUACGAAGAAUAAGCGUGUAUAUAGUGUAAAUAUGAAUGAAUGGCGGAAAUUGAGUAUUCAACCGAAAGCACGGCGACCGAAACGAACACGACAAAUAUUGACAUAAUUGUCGGGGAUGAUAUAUAUAUAUAUAUAAUGUUCUUGGCUCCUAUGUGGAGCAUAGAGCCUCACUAAGCGCCCUCCAACGGACUCUGUUUCGGGCAACCGCCUUUGCUUCGUUCCAGCCCAUAUUUUGGUUUCGGAGCUCCUCUAUUGUGGAUCUUCGCCAGGUAUUGGCCGGUCUACCAACCCUUCUCUUCCCCUGUGGGUUCCAUUCUAGCGCAUUUCUGGCGAUAUCUCCGGCGUCUCUUCUCAAGAUGUGCCCAAUCCACCCCCAUUUUCUCUUGCGUAUUUGAUUUAUAAUGGGAGUUUCAUCACAUCGACGGUGCAACUCAUCGUUGGAGAUUGUCAUUGGCCAGAAUAUGCGCAAGAUCAUUCUCAAGCACUUGUUUAUGAAGGUUUGGAGUUUGUGUGUGCUUGAGCUCGUUGACCUCCAUGUUUCGCAUCCAUAUAAAAGGGUGGAUUUUACAUUUGUGCGGAAUAUGCGCAGUUUUGUUCUUAGUGUAUAGACGCUUGACUUCCAUACUGUGCUCAGCAUUCUGAAGGAUUGCUGGGCUUUCUUUAUUCUGUUGUUUAUAUCUGCGUCGGUCCCCCCUUUUAUGUCAAUUAUACUUCCUAGAUAUAGGAAUUCCUUGACCUCUUCUAUUUCCGUAUUAUCUAUUUGGAGUUUUAAGGUGUUGUUUGUAUUUAUACGCAUUUCUUUUGUUUUGGCAAUAUUUAUUCUUAGGCCAAUUUUACUUGCCUCCCUUGCUAAUGUUGUUAGCUGUCGGCUCACGCCUUCGAACGUAUGUGACAUCAGGCAGAUGUCGUCGGCGUAAUCCAGGUCGCUGAGGUGCGAGGUUAGUGUCCAGCGCAACCCAUCCCUGUUCUGGUCUACCUUUGCUAGUAUGUAGUCUAAGGCGAUGUUAAAUAGUAAUGGGGAUAUGACACAUCCUUGUUUUACUCCUCUGUGUAUCGUAAAACUUUCGCUUUUUCACCGUUGUGUAACACACUGCAGUUUGCAUCAGUGUAGAGUUCUUGCAGGAUGCUUAUUAUCUUUGUUGGUACACCUCGCGACUUAAGGAUCCUCCAUAAAGCGUCGUGGUUCAGGCUGUCGAAUGCUUUCUCAAAGUCGAUGAAGGCGAUGAAUAGUGGUGAUCGCCAUUCUACUGAUUGCUCGAUAAUUAUACGAAGGGUAUUGAUAUGAUCGAUGCAUGAGCGAUUCGGCCGAAAACCUGCUUGGUUCGGGCGCAGGGUGUUUUCUAUAGUUUCCGCCGGGGAUGAUAUUUUUGUAUAUUCAGUGCGAUCCAGUCUACUGAUUUUGCUUUACCGACGGAUUUCGAAACAAAUCAAAUUAUCAUAUGAAACGUAUUUUUAUGUAGAGAAGGACUUGCGUUAUUUAUAAUAAAUGAAUUACGUCCAAGAUAGUAGAAGAAAUGCAACAAAACAAACAAUUACGUCCAAACAUUUUGUUUUCUCAUUGUUUACGUUUGUAUUUCAUUCUUUCAAUAAAUAGCUUUUAGUAAAUAUUCAAAGAGAAAAAUAAAAUAAAAUAAUGAGAUUACUGCUACUGCGAUCUGCGAUGGACUGAGACUAAUGAAAGAAUAAAUAAUCAAUCAAAUUAAUUGGAAUUAACAAAAAAAUCGAAACCAACAUUUGCGGGACACUUAGACAUAUAAUUAAAACUAAAUGUGUGUAGUGUUUAAACUUUGAUGAUAACUUAACGUACGAUCAAUUAUUAACACUAUGACUAAAUAUUACCAGAACACGUUAAAUAUACUUUCAGUGAAUUCAUGCAUGAGAAAUGGCUCUAGGUGUAACUCACACACCAUGUAAACCAUGUUGAAAAACUCAAAAAACAGCAGAACGUGAAAAUUAAGGAACUAAACACUCGUCUAACUAUAUGGAUUAUAUUUAAUAAUAAUUGUAUUGGUUUAAUUAUUGAUUUUGUUAAUUUAUCAAUGUAUAUAAGCUGUCAAAUUAUCAAUUAAUACUAUUGUUGUAAUGUACAUAAUUAUUUAAGAUGACAAAUCGGUGAAAAUUGCGACAAAGAUAACAAAACAAACAAACACAUGAAAUCGGUACGAAAAUUAAGAUAUAUUUAUAGAUUGUUGGACAUGUAUAAUAUUUAAUCAAAUAUAUAUAUUGCAAAUAUAUAUAUAUGUAACUAAAAACUCUGAAAUAUAUACAAUGAUGAUGGAUUCUAACCAAACGGUAAUCAAAACACAGCGAAAAUUAUUGCGUAGAUAAAACGAAAGCGCCAACAUCAACAAAAUUCUAAAACUAAAUCUGGAUAAACUUUCCGAGCACGAUUUCGAUGUUUGAAUGCUUAACCAUGAUGGAUUACACAUUUGCUCAGUUAAUUUUAAGUUUAAUGGAAACCUAAUUCCACGUCCUGGGCAAAAUCCAAUACGCACGCAUGUGUUUACCGUAUUUACGUCACUGCGAUGAGAUGAUUAUCACAACGGAAUAUGAGUGCGAGCGUUAGGGGAUGAUUUCUGCGUUCGGCCACCGUACGAGUGUGGGCACACUCAUCCGGCAGAAAUCAGUUGCGGAAUAAAUAAAUGAACGAUAUUAAUUAAAGCCAUCGCAGCGAAUGCAAAUAGGGCGGAAGGUGAUUUCAAUGGAAUCAUUAAAUCGGCCGAUGAUUAGGGUAAUUAUCAGUUGAUGCCCAAUGUGUGGGCAGGCAAACACUAUGAAACUUGAAUAUUAAUGAAAAUAUAUUGAUGCGUUAUGGGGUAGCGUACUAAACCAAAAAAAUUAAAUAUACGUGUGGUACAAAUUAUAAAGCAGUUGUACAUUAUACAAAUAUUUUAAGUAUAUAAUGAAUAUGAUGAUGAAUAAAAUACAAUAUAAACGA